AUGGGCGGGAAAAUGUUAGUGAAGUAUUACAAAUAUUGGGGAGAGAAGUAUGGAGAAAGGCCGGGGGAUAGAGAGAAGAGAGGAGAGAAAGACAAGGGGGAUCAAUUGCUUAACAUUGUUAUUUUUUUCUGUGUUGGAAUUGAUCCUUGGUUCAAACUUUCUAACUAUGUCAAGAUGGCAACUAUGGUCAUGUUUGGUGAUGAAAUAGGUCAAAAACUGUGGGCAACAGUCAACACUUAUUUUCGUGCUUUGUUUGAGGAGUACAGAGAACUGUAUGCUCCAUCUCCAAGUGACAAGGUGCCUGCUGAAACUCAAGAAACACCAGAAUUUUGUUCUGGAUUGAUGAGCUCCAUAAUUGCACAACAGAUGAGCAAUAAGGGGAGUGCCAAUACCACUGUGAAGUCUGAACUAGACAAGACAUCACUCACACCAACAAUGGUUGAGCGGCUCGUUUGUACAAAUGAUUGGUUUCGUGGAAACAACUACAUCAGUGUUGAAGAGGACACAGAAGCAUUGGCCAAGCUUGAGGAAGAAAUUGGUGCCCUGGCCAUUUCUAAGGAUAGCACUAUUGUUACCGCAUCUUGA